AUGUUGCGAAGCCGGCUCGUCCCAGCACCGCCACAGAUGACGCAGAACAAGGUACCACUAGCUCUGCAGGACCGCGAGCCAGGCGUCGAUGCAUCGACUCCCUUGCCAGACGUAGAAGCACCACCGAAAUCCUCCUUGCCAGACGCGCCAUUCGGAUUGGGUGCGGGUUCGACGAUCCACUCUCUCGCAUUCGACGAGCUUUUCCCGCCUCAGGUGCUCUCCGUGCGAUCACCGCUUCGCUACCACGAGCGAAGCUUCUCGCGAUACUUCCUGCGCGACGUGGGAGGCAUAAAGGGCAACGAUCAAUACAUCUACCGACAUGCCAAUGGACUCAUUGUGGUGGGCCUUGCUCCUUCUCAUGCAGCGCUGGCAGCAGAUCGCGCGAUCUCAGCCGUUGAUUUCCACGUGGGCAAGAGGAGCCGCCUGGAGAUGGAGGCCACUGGCAAGAACAAACAGAGGGCGACACCUCUGGAUGCCAACUCAGCUCUCUGCAAGAUCGUCAUGGUGACGUCACCUCCUGAUACAGUCACAACCGCUAGUGGUGACGCCAAAGCUGGCACCACACUUCCCAAUGUGACCCCUGCCGCAGUUUCUAAUGCGACAGAUCCAGCAUCUGGCAGCAUUGCUGCAGGCACUGGCAGCUUGAUUGGCGUGUCAGAAAGAGCAGCAGCUCUGCUCGCUGCCACGGAUACAGUCACAGCAGCUGAUUCAGUCACAGCAGCUGACACAGUCACAGCCAUUGAUACAGUCACAGCCACUAAUACAGUCACAGCCACUAAUACAGUCACAGCCACUGAUACAGUCACAGUUACUGAUACAGUCACGGCCACUGAUACAGUCACAGCUGGUAAUACAGUCACAGCUGGUAAUACAGUCAGAACUGCUGACGCACUUACAGGUUCUCGUGGUGCAGCCGCAGAUGGCGGUAAUCCAACCAAAGCCAACAAGAGGAGCAGAGAUAGCGAGGAAAAGCAGCCGAACAAAGGGGGUAGUUUGGGAUCAAGAGACGAGAAAGAUGACGCAGGAAGGAAUGGGCAGAGGCAGGAAAAUGGGCAAGGAGGAGAGAAGAAUGGGCAGGGAUAUGGAUUCUACGUUGCAAGGUGUUGUGUCAAGGGUCGCCUGAUAGAGGUCAAUCGCCAGCUGGCCACCCACCCUACACUGCUCAGAGACAAAGCAGCAUCAGAGGGGUACAUUGCAGUGCUGCUGCCACAUCCUGCUGACUGGGCAGCGGCACUACCAAGGCUCUUGACAGCGAAUCAAUAUGAAAAUGCCAAUAAACAGUAG